CUCUCCCCCGCCCCCUUCCCCUCCCCCUCCACCUAUUUAAAUCACCAAACUUCCACCUCCAUCAUCUCGCUCCCCUCCAUUUCCCACCAACAAACCGCCGCCCGCCGGCCAACUGCCGCCACUCAUGAACUUCGAGUACUUCAUCGUCAAAGCUCCGAGCUUUGCUGCUUUCUGCUCCAUUGUGAUGGUUCUGAACAAUCCCCGGAACUGAGCAAUUGCUUGCUCUUUCGACUGAGUUUGUGGGAGGAUGUGCUCAUUGACUUUCCCCUGUUUGGAUCUCACCAAAAGAAGCUUUGAUGCGGCAGGUUUGCUGAGGAGUUACCGAAGGCCGGAGAUUUCAUUUUCGGGGACUUACCGGCGCGCAGAAAGUGUUCGAUGUAAGGUCUCAUCAGCGCAAAAUGUGGCCGUUGGGAUCUCAGCACCUGUUGAAGGUUUGGUUGCCACGGGUGAUAGAAAGAGUACCAUUUCGGUGUCUGAUUUACUUAGUGUAAUUGCUGAUGACUUGCAGAAUCUGAACAAGAAUUUAAAAUCUAUUAUUGGUGCAGAUAAUCCUGUUUUGGCAUCUGCAGCAGAACAGAUAUUUGGUGCUGGAGGAAAGAGGCUAAGACCAGCUUUAGUUUUCUUAGCAUCGAGAGCAACUGCUGAAAUUGCAGGGUUGAAGGAAUUAACAACGAAACACCGACGUUUAGCUGAAAUAAUUGAAAUGAUUCAUACAGCGAGUUUGAUACAUGAUGAUGUGCUAGAUGAUAGCGGGAUACGAAGAGGAAAGAAAACAAUUCACCAAAUCUAUGGGAGUCGUGUGGCUGUUCUAGCAGGUGACUUCAUGUUUGCUCAUUCUUCUUGGUACCUUGCCAACCUCGAGAACCUAGAUGUCAUCAAACUCAUUAGUCAAGUCAUCAAAGACUUCGCCAGCGGCGAAAUAAAACAGGCCUCGAGUCUCUUCGACUGUGACAUCUCUCUUGAAGACUACCUGCUCAAAAGCUACUAUAAAACCGCAUCUCUAGUUGCGGCAAGCACGAAAUCCGCAGCCAUAUUCAGUGGAGUCAGCAGCAGCAUUUGUGAGCAGAUGUAUGAAUAUGGCAAGAACCUGGGCUUAUCCUUCCAGGUCGUGGACGACAUUCUAGACUUCACCCAAUCGUCGGAGCAGCUCGGCAAGCCGGCGGCCAGCGACCUUGCAAAGGGUAACCUUACUGCUCCAGUAAUAUUUGCUUUAGAAAAGGAGCCCAAACUCAGAGACAUUAUUGAUUCUGAGUUCAGUGAGGAAGGCUCUUUGGAGGCUGCCAUUGAAAUGGUACUGAAAUCAGGAGGGGUAGAUAGAGCCCAGGCUCUUGCCAAGGAGAAAGCUGAAUUGGCCUUUCAGAACCUUAGUUGUCUUCCACACAGCCAUUACAGAUCUUCCUUGGAAGGAAUUGUCAAAUACAACCUUGAAAGGAUAGAUUAGCAAUAUGUCUUUUGUUGAAAUGAGUAGAAGCAGUAGUGGUUGAUUAAUGAAGUGUAAAAUUGAUAUUCUAUUGGUAUAGAAAAUAAUGAAUGGGACAUGCAAAAUAACACACAGAGAGUUCAA